AUGGAUAUAACUAAUUUUUCGUCGAAAUACAGUUCUGAUGAAUAUGCACGUCCAUCACCACAGGAAUUAUUUCCUGAAAUUUCUUUACCUCGAUCAGUUCGAUUUUGGCUUCUUCUUAUUCUUUUAAUACCAUCUAUACUUUGUACUCUUAUACUUCUCUAUUAUUUCAUGGUAGAUCGAAAUCUACGACGUCCAUUGAACAAUCAUGUUAUUAUUGUUCUUCUAAUCGUGAAUUUCCAUGCUUUAAUGAUUGGAUUUCCAAUACAUCUCAAUUUUCUACGCUUGGGAUAUGUAUGGCCUCAAAUUCCUACUACAUGUCUUGCAUGGCACUUUUCGGAUAUCGGUAUUUUAUCUACAACAGGUAUUAUUAUGGCUUGGGCUUCAAUUGAACGGCAUAUCCUGAUCUUUCAUGAUCAAUGGGUAUCAAGUCGAAGAAAACGUUUUCUAUUUCAUUAUCUACCUUUGGUUAUAAUUAUAGUCUAUGCUGUUAUUUUUUAUAUUUACGAGAUUUGCUUUCCGCCUUGCCAACAGUUAUUUAUAUAUUCGAUCAAUUGGUGUACUACUCCAUGUUUUACAACAAUUCAAGGACUUACAAUUAUUUUUCUUGUUGUUCGUGUUAUUCGACAAAAGAGACAGUUAAAUCGACGUUUUCAAUGGCGUAAAUUACGAAAAAUGGCUAUUCAACUUUUGUCAAUCUCAAUAUUAUAUUUUUUCCUUAUGUUGCCUACAGUAGUUAUUUCUCUUGCUGGAGUUUGUGGUUUGCCAAAGAAUGCACUUGGGCAAUCUCAAUUAUACAUUUCUUUUACACGUUAUUUUCUUCCUCUUCUAUUACCUUUUGUCUGCUUCAGAGCAUUGCCUGAAGUUUGGACAAAAUUGAAAGAAUCAAUAAUAUUUCGACGGAACAUAAAUACCAUUACUGUUGGAACGGCAUUAGUCUCAAUGCGUCCUAUACAACAGGCUUAA